AUGGAAGAUGCAGCCCCUCCUCGUGUUGAGCUUAAUGAGCGCACGGUCAAACGUCCGCGGUUCACUGUCCCGCCUCCUGAUGGAGCUGUGGCCUUUGCCACAGCUGCGCGUCCCACUAGUUUUUUGUCGAGUCGUGGGGGAUCGCGAGGCUCCACAUCGACUGAGAUCAAUACUCGAGCUUCGUUUCUCAUUGCGGCGGUGGCAGAGAAUCGUGCCCGUGAAAUAGGGAUCUGUGCCAUCGACUUGGUGUCGCCACACGAGCUACUACUGUGGACGAUUAUCGACUCGCACUCUUAUGUGGACACAAUUGCACUACUGAAGGCUUAUCAGCCUGUGGAAAUUCUCGUGGUGGAAACGUUCAAACCUCACAAAAUCAACGAAGAGAUCUCCAAGCGCUUCACCGGUUCCGAUUGCCGAAUUGUUCCGGUUGCACGGAAGUACUUUGAUCAGACCAAAGGAGCGGAAGAUAUCAAACGUGUGAUGGCAAACAACGUUGACAUCAAUAUUGGACGAGUAAGUUUUAACUACGUCGCCAUGGCCUCAGUGGCGUGUAUAAUGAAAUACAUCGAGUAUAUUCAGGGUGUCUACAUCGCUGAGAGCAGCAUGAAGGUGGUGCUUAGUCCAUCGACACGCAAGCUACUUAUGGACCAAGCUACGAUUUCCUCUCUUGAGUUGGUUCAAGGCACGCGCGGAAGAAAAGAUAAUCUGUCCGUGUACAAGAUGCUCAACAACGCACAAACCUCGGCUGGAAAUCGACUUUUACGGUCAACGAUUCUGCAACCAACACGUCACCUGAAAACAAUGUAUGACCCUGUCUAUAGUCAGGCACGCCAAGAAGUUAUCGGGAUUUUCCUCGAUAACCCUGCCUGGUUUUUCGAUGUGCAGGAGGAGCUGCGUGGUUUCGUUGACUUGGAUCGGCUACUGAGUCAACUUGUGUUCGUUCCGAAAGUCAUCACUCCUCGCGUUUCAAGAAUCGCCAUCGGCAGUGUGAUUGCGCUGAAGCACACUCUAGAUUGCUUGCCGAGAUUGGUCACAUCCUUGGAGACAACCUCGAUAAAGCUGGAUCGACCCUGUCCACUGCUCAACUCGGUAAUUCAGAGGUACCUUUAA